AUUAUUUCUUUUGACAUUUCAUUGUAGUUACACAAAAUGUCUACAAGUUAAUACAAAAACAAACAGAAAUUACCUAAAUCUAGAUUUAAAAAAUGACCUUUAAGAAAGUUUCACAGAGAAAAUAUGUGUCAAAAAAUAUGGAUUUUACUACCAAUAUUAUUUACAUAUGAUUAAUAAUUUGUUUCGGAUUUCUCUGCCUUAAGAAACCACAAAUGUAGCAAAUGCGACCAAUUAAUUCGUCAGUUUAAUCGCUGCUUUCCAAUCGAGAUAUUUGUGAAAUGUUAUCCUUGGUGAGCGAAAUACAUUUUUGGAGUUCAAGGGAUGAUAUAAAUGUAAAAAAUACCGAUUACGGAGCUUUUAGUUAUCAUUUAACCAAAGAUGUUGGAAACGUUUAUGAUAGCACCAAGAAGUCUUAUUGUGAGAAAAGGGGUGUUGCAUGGAACUUAACAAAUAAAAGGCCACACAAAUUGAAAGACAAACUUAAGGAAUUAGAUGACCAUUUAAAUCAAAGUAAAAUUCUUUUUGUUUCCUGUAAAGAUGCACACGUUUAUUUGUUAUUAGCAAAAGGAAUUUUGGUUAGUAUUUUAUAUAAUGUUCAAACAUGUGACUUAAUUUCAAUUAGUUUUGAUAAAUUUCUUAGUACCAAAAUUCAAAAUGAACCCGUUUGUGAUGGUUAUAUUGAUAAUGAUCAUAUAGUUGCUGUUUUAUCUGAUGGAAGAGUUUUUGGUUAUGGGGGUAGUUGGAGGGAAGGUUGGUCGAUUGAAGGUGGUCCCCGACGCUAUGUAUAUUUAUAUGGUGAAUACAUGGUGGUUUGGGGACGCUCUGGAGCUGAACACCCACAACCGUGGAGUCCUCUCACAAAAGAUCAUCAAAGAGCUAAUUUACACUUAUAUUGGGUUGGUUCAAGAGGAAGCGAUUUAUUAAGCUAUAAAAAAACUUCAGCUGAACCAAUUGCUGUUGUUAUCAGCAAAAUUUAUUCAAAAAAUUUAAUCGUUGUGGAACAAAAUGUAUCUCAAAGAGGUGCUGUUUCCGUUGAAGUAAACGUUUUAGAAUUAAUUAAUAACAAUUUAAAACGGGCUUCUGUAACAGCCGUACCUUUACAAACUCAAGUUUGUAGUACAUCAUUAAGUAAAAAUGAGAUUUACCUUCUUCUUUGCUGCAUUGAUGGAAGCAUAGCGCUGUUAAAUAGAAAUCGUGGUUCAACAAAAAUUGUAAAAGCUUCCUUUAUUCCAACUUUGGCAUGUUGGCAUGAUUCGAAUUGUUUAGCAGCAAUUGGAAAUGAAAACGGACAAAUACAAUAUAUUGAUGCGUCGUUAAAUUUCGUACGAACACAAAUUUCGACUGAAGACUUUACACCAACAAAUAUAAUAGACGUUUCAAGUUAUUUUAAUACUCGUCCAAACGUAACAUUAUUAAAAUGGGAAGGAAAAGAUUUAAUUUUAUGUUUAGAACAUGGACCUUUAAUUGUUGUCACUCAUGAUAGAAACUCUUUACAUUUUCUAUCCGUUAUACAAAGAUACUUAAAAGACGGAAAAACCGAUAAAGCAGUUAAUUUAUUAUUAAGUUGGGAAUUUAACGAGGAAUGUUUUGCUGCGUUACAAAAAAUCGUUACUUAUUUGUUACGUUUACCAUUAACGGAAGAAAACGCCCAAUUGUUACAGAACGCUUUAGGAUGUUAUUAUAGCCCGCCUAUUCCUUUAGAUGCGGAAGCGAUUCAUAAUUAUGGGUUUCAAGUUAAAUGUUUGACAAGGAGGUUUUUUUAUCAAUUAAUAAGGGCUUCUAUGUUUGAAACCGCUUUUCUUCUUGCUGUUGAUAUUGGACAUCAUGAUUUAUUUAUGGAUUUGCAUUAUAUUGCUGUUAAAAUGGGAGAAACUGAAAUGGCAGCAGCAGCUAGAGCUCAAGCUUCUACUUUAUUGAGUAGUUGUUCAAGCGCUGCUUCUGAUUGUUCACGUUCAUCUUGUUCGCAAUGUUCAAAUUCAACAAGCGAAAGCAGUAGUGAAGAAUUAAGCGAAACUGAAGAUCAACCAGACGUGCAAAUCCAACCGACUCAAUCUCACAACGAUAACUACCUUACAACGAAUUUUAAUAAUUCAAAUCCCAAAACUUACGGCUCCUAUAUUCCCCCAAUUCCAAACUUAGAUUUACCAAAAGUCAAUUUUACGAAAUCGACUUUAACAAAGCCGACUACUUAUCGCCCCUUUCCUUCGAAUCAGGUUCCUCCUUUACCUGUUACGGCUCCUCCUUUGCCGGUACCACCUGUUUCUUCUUCAGUAAACGAGCAAUUUAAUAACGGAACAUACCAAUCGCCACAAUUUUCUUAUUCGAUUCCUUCCGUUCCUUUUAAAAUUCAAACAAAACCGUUUAAUUUUACUAUUCCGAAUAAGAAUUUUCGAUCUUAUAGUUUUACUUCAAGUAAUUAUGCGAGUGAAUCUCAAAAGCCAAGUGUCGUUCCUCCACUUCCUACUCAAUCUAAUUUUAAUCAACAUAAUUAUUCGCAACCAAAUUUUCCAUUACCUAAUUUAAGUUCAUCAUAUUCUAAUUUAUCACAACCCACCACAAAUUUUCCUACAAUUUACACUUCUCCAUUAACAUAUUCAAAUUCGUCUACUGAUCACGUUUCAAGACCGUCAUCAAGUCCAACCCCGACCACUUCACAAAAUACAAACACAAAAAAAGCUCAGGCAAAGGUCAAAUUUUCGGAUACAGUGACUGCUUUUAUCGUCCCUGAAAUAAAACGACCUGUUAGGCCUAGUUUACCAGCUCAUGUGAUGGAUCCCCAAAAAGAACUUGCGGAUAGUUUACCUUUGUGUCAUCCGAAUGAGGAUUAUUUAAAAGAUUUUGCGCCGGUUAAGAAGAAUGAGAACAGUGAAAGCCCCAGUCCAAAAAUUAAAGUUGUACAUUUUGGGGUUGUUUGAAUUGAACUUCUUGUGGUGGUGGGAUAAGAUUUUUUUUUAAUUUAUUUAAUUUUAUUAACUUAAUUUCUGUUAAAAAAUUUCUGAUCUCUUCAAAAAUAUUAUGGUGCUACAAACUCUGAUUAGAAUUUCAGUAUUACUCAAAAACUGAUAUAUUUCUACAAAAUGUUAAUACUUUUCUUGAAAAAUAUGUUCUAUAUACGCAUAUCUUAAUAAAUAUAAAUAUGUAUGUAGAA